AUGGAAGUGAAACAGCCGGGUAUCAACCCCAAGAAACUGCCUACUUGGUGGUAUCCAUUCCCCAUGAAGGCAAAGACGUUCCCGUACAUGCAACAGAGUAGUGAACUUCUUGACACAUUGACAGAGAUAUUCCAUGUAUUGCUACAACACGUCAAAGAAGUGCCAAUGAUCAGACAAGCAAGACCUUCUUUGGCAGUCGCACAGGGUAUGUUUGCCAAAGAAUGGGUUAGUAUGGCUCUGGACAGAUUUGGUGAGCAAUCUGCCAACCGUCAUAUGAAAAGGCACAACCUCUCACUGAACUUUCCUGCAUCUUUCAUCCCAAACACCCUCUCUAACGAUCAUGCGUGUCACAAACGUCGGUUCUUCUUCUCUACUGACUGA